UCCAUCCUGGUACUUUGUUCAUCACCCAAGUCCCCGGACCCACAACAGGAACCGCAGGAUGAGUUCUGCUGCAGACGACGACGCUGCAACGUUAGAAACCGUCAAGUCCGUCACUCUCACUCAGGACAGUGAUGGAAGCAUCAUACUGCACUGUCCUGCCAAUGAUGAGGACUUGGAGCCCCUUGAGAAGAAGCUGCGUCUCUCCACAGAAGAGCAGGACGACGCAGGCGCACCUCAGUUUUCUGUUGUCACGUUACCGAUCUCGGAGAACGACGAAGGCUUCGAGGUGACGAUGACGGCCACGGCAGACAGUGACCUCACUGAGGAGGGCGUGGCUCAGAUCCAGAUUCUGCAGGAGGACGAUGAGUCUCUCUUGUCCAAUCAGAAGUCAGAGGUGUCCCCUGUCAGUCAAGCCUGGUUCACAACCAAAGAAGACAAAGACACGCUGGCCAACAAAGGUCACAAGUGGAAACAGGGCAUGUGGUCCAAAGAGGAGAUCGACCUCCUGAUGAGCAACAUCGACCGAUACGUGAAGGACCGAGGCAUCGAAGACCCGGCCGAGAUCAUUUUCGAGAUGUCCAAAGAGGAGAGGAAGGACUUCUACCGCUCUGUGGCGUUGGGGUUAAACAGGCCGCUGUUCGCCGUCUACAGGCGAGUUCUGCGGAUGUACGACAACCGCAACCACGUCGGCAAGUACACGCCUGAUGAGAUAGAGAAGCUGAAAUCGUUGAGGCAGAAACACGGGAACGACUGGGCGACCAUCGGAGCGGCUCUGGGUCGCAGCGCUUCUUCUGUCAAAGACCGCUGCCGACUAAUGAAGGACACGUGCAACACAGGUAAAUGGAGCGAGGAGGAGGAACGACGUCUGGCCGAGGUCGUGUACGAGAUGGCGGGCGUGACGCCGGGGUCGGCGGUCACAGGGGGCGUGUCCUGGGCGUCGGUCGCCGAUCAAGUUCGCACACGCUCAGAGAAGCAGUGCAGGUCGAAAUGGCUGAAUUACCUGAACUGGAAACACAGCGGAGGAACAGAGUGGGCGAAGGAGGACGACCUGAACCUCGUACGCAGGAUAUCGCAGCUGGAGGUGGAGGACGAGAAUGAAAUCAAGUGGGAGGAUCUUGCAGGCGGGUGGAGCAGCGUCCGCUCGCCUCAGUGGCUGCGAUCGAAGUGGUGGAGCAUCAAGAGACAAGUAGCCAAUCACAAGGACAUCCCCUUCAUAGUCCUACUGAAGGGCCUCCAGGAGGUGAUGGAGUCGUCACAACAGACAGGAUCCGGACCGGGGAGUCCCUCCUCCUCCUCUUCCUCCUCGCUCCAGAUCCGCCUCACCCGAUUGGAUGAGAGCGGCAGCCCCGCCCCUAGCUCUGUGGCAGCGCUGCAGAUCCCGUUGCAGAUCACACAUCUGGCUGCAGAUUCAUCGGCAGCAGCCGGCGACAGUGACACCAUCACCCUGAACACAGGAGCCCUGCAGACCUUCGAGAUUCUGCCUUCAUUCCACCUGCAGCCCACCGGCACCCCGGGGACCUACUACCUCCAGACAACGUCCAAUCAGGGCCUGCCACUCAGCCUCUCCGCCGGCCAGGGUCUCCCGCUCAGUUUGUCCAGUAACGGCACUGUUACCUUGACAACCGGCUCAUCUCCGUCGCCGCACGAACACAUCAUCCUUCACAGCCUGUCGACGGACGGCCUCUGCUCCAGCGACGGUGUCAUCAUCCAGACGGUCACCUCUGACCCCGCCUCCUCCGACCCUCUCUGCCAAUCACAGCUGGUCGUGGAGACAGAGGGGCAGGAAAACACCCUCAACGCCACAUGUCUCCUGGAGAGUUCAGAGAGCGUUGUCACGGAAACACAGGAGCCAAUGACAGACAGCUUCACUGACAAGGAGAUGAGCUCCCCCUCUGGUGAGGGUCCAGUGGUGCAUUCUGGGAUAACAUCUGGCAGCACUGUGCUGAUUGUGUCAGCUCCCAACAUCAGCAGCACUUUGACAGAUCCAAUCUUGGAGAACCAGGAAGGUUCAGACUGAUCUGAACCUUCAUCACGACGCACAGUGAUUCAAAUGGACUGAAGGAGACUGACGACAACAACAUGACAGCAGCGCUCUGCUCCUGGAACUGUGAGUUGAAGUCUGACUCGUCCCUGGUUGGAACCAGGAUGUGAACAAAAAGAAACAGACUUCUAAAUCUGUCCGAAGCUUCAUGUGUUUGAAGCUUUGGUUUGAAACCCCUGGAAGAAAUGUGAACGCAGCGCUCGUCUCACCACUCUGCCGUGCCAAAGAGACUCUGAAGGCUGUGAUGGAAACACGGGCAUUUUCAUCAGGACCUUUAAAAACAAACUGAAAUCAUAAAGAGGAAAUAUUCUGAGGGAAAUGGAACAAAAAAUAAAUCAUGUCCGGAGCAAUGUGCUCGUUUUAGAGGA